GGGGCGGGGCGGCGGCCCUUUGUGCUCCCACAAUGCACCAGCGGCUCCUCCGCGGGAAACAAAAAUGGCGAGGGGCUGCGCCGCGGCUGGGCUGGCCCUGAGGCGGCUCUGAGCCGUCCUUCGCCCUUCUGUCCGCCAGGGCCGCAGCUCGGGGGGGGUCCCGCCGCGCACCGAGGGCCUGGGCCGCCGGGGGGAGGCCGCUGCCGCGCUCGGCGAUUUCCCUGUAUGAGGCGGUUGGCACCACUGGGGGGACCGAAUGAGAGACUCUACAGCGGUGGGUAAUUCACUGGUCCAUAAGCGGUCUCCUUUACGUCGAAGCCAUAAGACCUCAGCAUCCUUGACCAAGUUGUCAUUACGUGAUGGGCAGAAAGCCAAAAAGCCACUGUGUAAAUUUGAAGAAGGUCAGGAUGUCCUAGCUAGAUGGUCAGAUGGCUUGUUUUAUCUUGGAACUAUCAAAAAGAUAAAUAAACUGAAACAGAACUGCUUCAUUAUAUUUGAAGACAGUUCCAAAUCCUGGGUUCUCUGGAAGGACAUACAAACAGGAGCCACUGAAAGUGGGGAAAUGGUCUGUACAAUAUGUCAGGAAGAGUAUUCAGAAGCACCGAAUGAAAUGGUUAUAUGUGAUAAAUGUGGGCAAGGUUAUCAUCAGCUGUGUCACACACCAAAUAUUGAUUCCAGUGUGAUUGAUUCAGAUGAUAAAUGGCUCUGUCGACAGUGUGUUUUUGCAACAACAACAAAGAGAGGUGGUGCACUUAAGAAAGGACCAAAUGCCAAAGCACUGCAAGUCAUGAAACAAACAUUACCAUAUAACGCAACAGACCUUGAGUGGGAUGCAGGCCAUAAAACCAAUGUCCAGCAGUGCUACUGCUAUUGUGGAGGACCUGGAGACUGGUAUUUAAAGAUGUUGCAGUGCUGCAAAUGUAAGCAGUGGUUCCAUGAGGCUUGCGUGCAGUGCCUCCAAAAGCCCAUGCUUUUUGGUGAUAGGUUUUAUACGUUCAUUUGCUCAGUUUGCAGUUCUGGACCAGAAUACCUCAAGCGUUUACCCUUGAGAUGGGUAGAUAUAGCACAUCUAUGCCUUUACAACCUAAGUGUUAUUCAUAAGAAGAAAUACUUUGAUUCGGAGCUUGAACUCAUGGCAUACAUUAAUGAAAACUGGGAUAGAUUGCAUCCUGGUGAGCUGGCAGAUACACCAAAAUCUGAAAGAUAUGAGCAUGUACUGGAGGCAUUAAAUGAUUACAAGACCAUGUUUAUGUCUGGAAAAGAAAUAAAGAAAAAGAAGCAUUUGUUUGGCUUGAGAAUUCGUGUUCCUCCUGUGCCACCAAAUGCUGCUUUAAAGGCUGAGAAAGAACCGGAAGGAACUUCUCAUGAGUUCAAAAUUAAAGGCAGAAAAUCAUCUAAACCAAUUCCUGAUGUGAGGGAAUUAAGUAAUGGUAUAGAAAGAAAGGGGAAAAAAAAAUCAGUAGGUCGUCCACCUGGUCCCUAUACAAGAAAAAUGAUUCACAAAACUCCAGAGUCGUCUCCUCUGGAUAACGAACCAGUUCCAGUGAUAGAGAACCCAGCCUUGGAAUUACCCUGCUCUGUUGGGAGAUCUGAUGGAACUGCACAUUCAUCCAAUACCUCAGAUGUGGAAUCCACAGGUGCUGCCAGUAUGAAAGAAACUACCUCAUCUAGCAUUUCCAGACAUUAUAGUUUAUCUGACUCAAGAAAAAGGACUCGUACAGGAAGAACUUGGCCUGCUGCAAUACCACAUUUGAGAAGAAGAGGUCGCUUUCCACGAAAAGCACUCCAGACUCAAAAUUCAGAAAUUGUAAAAGAUGAUGAGAGCAAGGAAGAUUACCAGUAUGAUGAACUCAAUACAGAGAUACUUAAUAACUUAGCAGAUCAGGAGUUACAGCUCAAUCAUCUAAAGAACUCAAUUACUAGUUAUUUUGGUGCAGCAGGUAGAAUAGCUUGUGGUGAAAAAUACCGUGUGUUGGCUCGUCGGGUGACACUUGAUGGAAAGGUGCAGUAUCUUGUGGAGUGGGAAGGAGCAACUGCAUCCUGACUGUAGGACUGAACAUUAUGUUCACUGCACUGUCAUCUGUAAGUACAGUUCAUAACGCAGAGCCACGAGAGAAGCGUGUCUUUAAAUGUUUCUAAAAACAAAACAAAAAACCAAUUUAGCCUUAACAUGUAAUUGUUAUCAUUACAGCUCUUGUGAUAAAGACUUAUCUUUUUAAAAUCUGAUCUGAAACUUAAAUUUUUUAAUCUGAACAUUGUUAGAUUGUUUUAGGUUGGGAUAUUUUGGGUUACAAUUGCUUAAAAAUGUGCAUGGUGUUUAAAAAAAAAAAAAAAGACAUUUUCUAGAGAACAUUCCAUGGAUACAGUUAUUGUGAUUUAGAGAAAAUAUUAUGUAGAUAGCACAAAUCUUUGAAAAAUUUUGGUUUGUUUUCUUACCCAAAUGUUUGCAGAAAUGUAUUUCUAUUUCAAUACUUUCUAGAUUUCAUAAGUGCAGUGUAUAUAAUGCCUACUGAAGACUGUAAAAUACUGAAGUUUUCUUUCAAACAAAGUGUAAAAAAAAAAAAGGAAAAAAAAUAUAUUGAGCCUGUAAAUUGCUCUGUGACCAGA